ACAGAUGGGGGGCAAAACCGUCUUUACGAAACCAAAAAGAAGAGGAAAAGAAAAAGAUGUGGCACGUCCGAGAAAUAGAUAGCUGCCAAGUGUCGGGAACCCAAACGUGGCAAAGCAAAUCUCGUCAACAAUGUGACAGCAAAUCCCGAAACCACGAUGAACCUGGACAAAGCGACGUCCAAGUUCAUCUCAAUCUCCCCAAUCUCCAGCGUACACUGGUCAGCUGCGUCUCUCUUUUCCUCUUCCGUUCUGCCAUAGAAAAAAAACUCCUUCAAAGCUCCAACAGUCUUUCCUCUCUCUCCUUUUUCUUUCUGGUUUUCCUAAAAAGUUGAAAUUAGAAGAAAAAAAUGAAAGAGAGAAAAGAGAUAGAGAAACAGCUGCCACAGUCUCCUCCUCCUUAUCAUGUUCUUCACAAGCUUCCUCCCGGGGACAGCCCUUACGUUCGAGCCAAACAUGCUCAGUUAGUAGAUAAGGAUCCAGAUGCGGCGAUAGUUUUGUUUUGGAAGGCGAUAAAUGCGGGAGAUAGAAUAGACAGUGCACUUAAAGACAUGGCAGUGGUUAUGAAGCAGCAGGAUAGAGCUGAAGAAGCUAUUGAAGCAAUAAAGUCUUUUAGGGACCGCUGCUCCAAGCAUGCUCAGGAAUCACUGGACAAUGUCCUCAUUGACUUGUACAAGAAAUGUGGGAGAAUUGACCAGCAGAUACAACUACUUAAGCAAAAGCUUAGAAUGAUUUACGAAGGUGAGGCCUUCAAUGGGAAGCCUACCAAGACAGCACGGUCCCAUGGCAAGAAGUUCCAAGUCACCAUCAAGCAGGAGAUCUCUAGAAUACUGGGAAACUUGGGGUGGGCCUACAUGCAGCAAGAAACUUAUUUAGCAGCAGAAGCAGUCUAUCGUAAAGCUCAGAUAAUAGACCCUGAUGCCAACAAGGCUUGCAACCUUUGCCAGUGUCUGAUCAAACAAGCACGUUACUUGGAAGCAGAAUCCGUUCUUGAGGAUGUAGUACAGGAUAAACUCCCAGGAUCCAGUGAUCCAAAAACAAGAAACCGUGUGAGGGAGCUGCGACCGGAACUCGAGUCACGACAGCCCAUGGCAUUAGCUUCAACUGCAAUAGGGUUAAAUUUAGAAGAUGCUUUCCUGGAAGGACUUGACCAGUUGAUGAGCCAAUGGGCUCCAUACAGAUCAAGGAGGCUUCCUAUCUUCGAAGAAAUCUCUUCGUUCAGAGAUCAGUUGGCUUGUUGAGUUUUUUUUGUUGGUUUAUACUUCAUCUGGAUUUUGUCAGUUUGGAAAGUUAGUGCUUGUGGAAAGCGAGUAUGUUAGAGACAGUAACCAACUUCAGGAGUGCCUUUGUAACAAUGAGCAAUUAAAGGAACUGUAUAUA